AAGAACACCAUCCAUUAUCUUUGUGCCUGAUCACUUCCUAAUCUUGGCACUAGCUGUUCCUGCAGUUCCUCUUCUGGAUGGCAGGGACUGAGAGACAGGGAGGACCAGAGAGGAACAUCAGCAGAGCAGGGACUGGUCUCUGCACUUGAACUCCAGUAUAGCAUCCUGAGGGUGAAUAUCCUCCUGGAAGUAAUACGAGACCUACGUUGUGAAGAGAAGGAAACACCACAUUUUCUCGUUGUGUUUUGUUAGGCUUGCCUUUGUUUGGCUGUUUUCUUGUUCUUCUGCACUGUCAGAUUCUGGGUCUCGCUCUAAAACUGCACCUUUAUGCCCACAGGUAAUAGGAAACCAGGGUUUCAAAAGAAAACCUGAUGCCAUUGCUAGAUAAUAGCAGUUUCCUAAAUAAAUGUGUGGUUGCCCUGGGGGUUAGGUUGUUACCAGAUGCACCUUUUCUUGAUUGGCGAGAACAGGAGAUGACGCUUCCUGGCGUAUAAGUGCAAGAGAAAACACGGGAGCACAGAUAAGCAGAGCAAGCAAGCCACCUGGAAAGAAGAGCUGAGAAGGUGUUAAAGGAGCUGCCUGCCAUGGCAUUUGGAAUGCUAAUCUAUAUUUUGCUGAAAGUAAGCAUCUAUUUGCAUUACACAGCAAUGGGGGCACUGAGUGAAGAGUCAGCUAUUACUGCUUCAUCCCUCAGCACUGACUUACGGAAUAAUUGGACAAAAAACAACGCUGAAGAUUAUACAGAGCAGCCAAAGCUCUUGAAGCUGAUGCAGACCUGCCUUGAGGAGCACCACAGCUAUUGUAUCAAUGGGCUCUGUGCCUUCCACAGCGAACUGAGGAAGCCCAUAUGCAAGUGCCUCGCAGGUUACAAUGGAGAGAGGUGUGAACAUUUAACACUAAAUUCAUAUGCACAUAACUCUUAUGAGCGCUACAUUGCUGUGGGGAUUGGGAUAGGAAUACUGACCAGUGGAAUACUCGCCAUCAUCUACUGCUAUGUAAGAAAGAGAUGCAGGAAACUGCAGUCCCCCUACAAGGUGUGUGUGGGUGAGACGGCGUUGUGAAGCCCUGGCGCCGGAACACUCACCGGUUUGCCUGCUGAGGAGGAAGGCCCCCGCGCCACGGGACAGGCACCCCGGCCUCGCCGAGGAGAUGAGCUCCAGGGAGCGGCAGAGCAGAGCGCCAAGGGAACUCCCGCAGCACCCACAGGCUCUGUGUGUGGUUGAAGAAAGAAUUCCUCUCUUGGGUGAGGGUGGAUGGUCCCCAGGUCCAAGCAGCUGAGGACACUGGCAGGUCUCUGGGCACUGCCCUGUGCCCGGUGCUGGCCGUGGGGAGGACUGGUUGGUUUUAGCUGUUUUCAGUCAUUUCAAGCACUUGUACAGUGUUCUGCUUUGGUCUUUUGUGUGUUUUGUUUGGUUUUGUUUUCCUCUUUUUUUUUAUUCCUCUGGAGGAUAAGUACCACCUCCCUCAGAGUGGAGCAGUGUUCUGGACAUCAUCACUGACCACUAACCAUUUGGGUUUUGAUUUUGUUGUCUGCUGGCUGUGUGUGUGGAUAAACAGCCCUCUCCUAACCCGAUGGUUACCAUUGGUGUGCUGGGCCAAGUAUGGACUUGUGGUGCCAUAAAGGACAACAAAUGCUUUGGACUGAGGAAAAUGUCUGGUUCUCAAAACCAUCCUUUAAUUAGAAUACAGACAGUAGGCAAUUCCUGGAAAAUCAGACCAUAGCACCUCUGGGCAUGGCAUGUUCUUACUGUUUUCAUAAGCAAAGCGACCAGACACCUUUCUCAAAAUGGAUUAUGGAGUGUGCGUGUGACAAAGAACUCUCCUCUUCCCAAACAUCCUGCAGCAGCUCCUCAGUUCCAUGGAAUUUCAGGCAGAACAUUGCCCUGCUGCACCCUGAUUUCUGCACAAGACUUGAAUUGCUAGAGAAGACUGAAUCUUGUUCUGAAAUUUCACUACAGUUUUUCCCAGGAAACAGACUUUCUCUAUUUCAUUUGCACAUGAUGGGGACAAUGUGACCACUCAAAUAAGAAAGAAAUUAUUUUAGGGCUUCAGUUCCACCCUGGACUCACAGAUUGCAUAUCGGAUGCUUGGUUCCAUUCAUCUUAACUACAAAGAAUUGGGAAGGUACAAAAAUUUGCUUCAAGGAAAAGGGAAGAAAAUUGGUUCUGAAGAUGAUGGCACUAACUGGGAUGUCUCACUGACAGCUGGAGUGUUUGCCAGUGCUGAUGUGACUAGAGAUGGCUCUCAGAUUUGCAUUUCAGCUGUUGCACAUUGUAGACUCAUCUGCUGUGCUCAGCCAUCUACCAGAGAAAGGCAAUUGGUACUUUGAGGUCUUUUGGAGUAAUAUUGGCUCCUAAAUUCAGGUGCCCUGCUGAAAGCUCAGUUUCUUGGUUGAGUUAAUUUUGACAGCAAGGAUGCAUGUUGUUUGUUGAAAAAACUGUAUUUCUGAGACUGUGGUGACAAUGCUGAAAUGUGUAUGAAAGGGCAAAGGUGCAUGUGGCACUUGAAUGGUCUGGAAUUCAGGGGGCUUCUCAUGGGGGCAUCCUGAUCAGUAGCUGAGGCAUCGUGGCUCUGUGAUAGCAGCAAAUAAAACAGCACAUGACACACUGCUUGGGAUCCCGUCUAACAGAGGGGGCAAGCAGCAUAUGCACACACCAAAAGGAUUGCUGGAGAGGAGUGGAUGGACACUGCUCCUCUGCACACUGACACCAGUGUUUCUAUCCCUCAGACUUUUUGUCUUCAUCUCCGGUCAAAUCUUCAAAUCUUUGCACUGCUUGCUUUUUUCCUUUCUUCUGACCUCUUCUUAGGUUCCACUGCUGGCUAACUUGUGCUCUUGACUAUCUUCAAGUCAGCUUUCAGUAGUGGCCCUAUCAUUUUCUGUCACACAUCCAUGGUGAGAGGGCAGUUAGGUAUAAAUGACAGUCUGCACAUCCUCACAAAUGAAAAACAGCCUUCUCCCAUCUCACAUGGAAAUGGAAGAUGUGCAUGUCAUUAGGAAAACACAGAUGAGAGAUCCUGCUCGCUGGUCUUGGGAGAAAAUGGUGGAGCUGAAUAUCCAAAGGAUGAAAAGCCUUAAGGUUUCUGUCACGUGAGUGCAUCUUCCUCUCCCCAGUGAGCUGUCUCUUGUUCUCACACUGCUGGUGUUGGAUUCACUUCCCAAGGACCAGCCUGCCUUGGAGCAGACACACACCCUACACAACUGGCUCAGGGGGUCGGUGCAGUUGUCACACCAGUUCUAAGGGCAAGAGUUGGAACAUCUGGAUUUGACCUAGCCCAAGGAGAACUGUUGGACAGAGAUGCAUUUUGUUUGCAUGUCCUUUUACUGAUGUUUUUUACUCCCUUUGUGUACCAGAAGCCUAGCAGGUGCCCUGCAGGAUAUGCAAGUGCCUUUUCAGUGGUAUUUACUUAUUGCAGUGAGCCAUUUUCUAUCUGCAGCAGCAUACGCUGACUUGAUGUUUUCACAUAAGUGAAAAGGAAGGUCUGCUUAGGAGACACAAUUUAGCAGGUGACUACAUAGUGAAAUAGGUUUUUCUAGCUGGCUUUCAGGCUCGAGGUGGCUUUGGAAGUGAGAGUUGGCUGGUAUUUUUUUGCCAGUGGAAGAAAAAGUGGGGAGAGGAGCACCAGGUAAGCCUGUGCUACGCAAAAUGAGACUGGGUGUCAGGACAGCAUGAGAAUAAAAUAGAAUGAUGAAGAUGGGAAGAAGGCAAGGCAGGAAGGGAAAGGAGUUGGUUGCUUUAUUUUAGUUCUCUUUUUCCAAGUGGAGUCGCAGAUUCCAGCACAGGGUUCCCACCACCUGGGUGCUGUGUGCCAGCCCUGCAGAAGCACAGCCUCAAAGCAGGCCCCAGCUGUGUGUGAGGCAUGGCUGCAUGACUGAUUCAUGGUGCAGUUGGGCUGAGGGAGUCUGCAUGGCCUCAGAUUGCUUCAGGGAGUCAGCCCUGCUGAGCCCUUCCUUGAUAAGUGACAGAUGCUGCCAGCCUGGAAUGGAGUGUUGCUGCUUACGGUGCUGAAUUUCCUGCAGAACUGGCCUGUCAGAGGAUCAGGAUCAUCUUUCCUAGCUCAUUUAUCAGGCUCAGACUCCUUCUGUAGUGACAUAAUUAAGAGAGUCCUAAGCUUCUCCUUCCCUUUCCAGCUGCAUGUGCCAAAAACUGUCAUUUCAAGAGGAGCCUCUGUGUUUGUGUGACUCUGAGGCAGGGCUGCCUCAGCUGUGGGAGGCAGCAGCUCAGCAGGGGCAAGCCAGAGACAUCAAAGACCAGGAUCUUCCUUUCUGAAGGACAGAGCGCUUGCCCUGUGAAUGAUCCAGGCUGGUGGAACCACCCUGGCUUUUCCUGCAGCACAUCUCUCAGGCUGGGUGGCCCUUAAGCCACCCAGCCCUAAACCUGCUCCGCUGGCAUGUGCAGCCACUGUGCAGGUGUGCUGGGCUGCCACUGGAACGUCUUCCCUGAAUUCAACUCCCAUUUUGUGCUCAGCUCUGUGGGUGGCUGGCAGUUUCCCUGGUCCCAGCAAGGUCUCUUGCCAUCAGUGAGAUGCAAGCCUGGGGACAAGAUGGCUUUAAAGAGUCUUGAUUUGGUUUUGGAGGGAAGUGUGGGGAGCUGGAUUGAUGCUCUGAGUGCAGUGUCCCUGCCCCACCUGGGGCACACUGGUGGCUGGCACAAAGGUAAGAGGCAGUUUUUCCUUGGAGGUUUUCUGUUAUUCCUAGUAACCCACAGUGUAUUUGGAUAAUGACACACCAGGUUUCUUCUCCACCCCACUUACAGUAAAAGUACAAAUCUGAUUUGUGCUGCCACAGCACUGCAGUCCUGUCUUGUGCUUGUGUACUAAGAACUAGCUAUGGAACUGGUCGCUUUCUAGUGACCCUCAACUUGAUUCAAAAAAAAAGAAACCAAAACAAGACCCCCAAAACCAGCCCACCCCAACUCUCCCAACCACCUCCAGCAAAACCCCAAAACUCGAACCCAAAAAAUAAUAUUCUCAGCAAGAUUUUAGACCUUUAUAGUUCUGUACCCCUGUUAUGUUUUGUUUCAUUUCUGGUCCUUGAAAUACAUGAUAGCAUCCCACAAGGAGAAGGCUAAUUUGGUAAUGCAAUUGAUUUCGUAAUUAGGUUCAGAAUAACUCCUGUCACCCCUGAAGGUUGCAGUUCUUAAUGGAUUGCCUUUAGACCAUGCCUAGGAAGCAAGGCUUUAAGAAUGAUGUUCUGUGGAGAAGUAAAGCAAAGAGGGCUUAAACCCACAUGAUGGAGAGAUGUCAGACUUCAAACCCUGUUAAAAAGUAGAUCCUUCUUCGGUGAGUUCUUUUAUGAACUGGACUUGGGUAGACCAGUAACACAGUAAAUGUUGAGAGAGGGGAAAAAUGGCUCAGAUUUGGUAACAUGCAAGUUUGAUAGCACAAAGCAAGAGUUUGUUUGAAUAUUCAUUUCAGUUCUCUCUUGUGGGAUAUGAGUGCAGAUUUACUCUUUGUUUUAACUUUUAGAGGUAUUCUGAAAAGUACUGUUGCAAAGUGUAAGUGUUUGAGAGCAGACAAUGUGCUUGAUAAAUAAUCUGAAGGAUUCAGAUUCAGUCAGAGCUGGAUUCAGUCAGGGCUGGUUUCAGUCAGCUCCAGCCUUGUCCUAGGCAGGGUCUGCAUAGCCCUGCUGAUCUCAGUGAAUGCUGGCACGGAGCCCAGCGCUGGCUGCUCCGUGGUCUGUGUGUCUCAGAGCUGCGGUGUGGCUGCUCUUACCUGUCCUGAGCCUUGCUCGGAGCAGGGAAACGCCUGUAGAGGUCCCUAUCGUACUGCAAAUCCUGGAAACCGCUCGGGUCUCCUCCUUUAUGACCCGGUUGAGGAACAAACGAAAAAAAAGGUGCAGGUACUCAUUAAAAUCUCAGUGUAAGCAGUCAUUAAUUAUCAUGACAGCAAUAAAACCUUGUACUAUGACAAGACUUGGGGCUGCUCCUACUCUCGCUGAACUGAGUGGAAGCGAGAGCAGGUUCUGUGAGCAGCAGACCUGGGUGAACUGCAGGAGGUGUGCACGAGAGGGAACUGUUCACUGGGCAGCUUUGGGAGCUCUGCUAUUCCAGGCCCCUUGCCUCUUGGCUGUGCAGGUGGGAAGAGAUCCCUCUCUGUGGCUGCCAGGGUUGGGAGCUGGGGCACAGGCUGGGUUUGGUUGAGAGCAGGGUUUGGCUUGGUAUGAAGCCCAUGGCCUGUGGGCAAGCAAACCUCUAAAUGAGAGGUUGUGACAGUCAAAUUAAAAUUGUAAUUCCAUUUUUCAUAAGUAUAAACAUAAAAAUAGCCCAUGAGACACAGUUUCAACAGACAAAUUAGGGUUAAACAGCUUUAGAUGCUUAUUCUCUGGAGCAGUUUGGGAUGAGAUGAACUUGUUAGUUGAGGCAUGUCUUGCUUAGCCAUUCCAAAUUUUCCAUUUGAUGGUUUGGGGUUGUGGAAUUAGGGCCAUCUGUGAACGGUCACCUGCCUUAGCUCUGGGCUCAGUUUUCUAAUUCAUAAAAAUGUAAAGGUAUCCAAAGGUGAGGGUUUGAUUUCAUGUGUAAGACUGAGUCACUUAAAUGCUAAUUUUUAAUCAAAACUUCUUGCUGAAUUUGUCUGGUGAAUAUUGACAAGGAAGUUUCCUUGUAUAGAUUCCCUAGUGGCAUUUCUUUAUGAAGGUGUUUUGUCCUUUAAUAAGGAGAAAGACAGUUGACUGCAUUCUCAAUACCUGAUAUUCAAAUGCCAGCUGUGUUUCCUGGCCAGGACUGACCAAAAUGUGGCAUGGCAGCAUUGCCCCUGGCUGAUGGGAGCCAGGCUGGUGGAGAAGCCAGCCUGAUGUGCCCAGCAUGGGACAGCUUCCUAGGCAGAGCUAUGUCUGUGAGUCCAGAGCUGGGUGUCCACCCCUGCUGCCUCAGGCCUGACUUGCUCCUGGAAGCCCAGUUUUUGGAGCACUAUUGCUAUGUGCCAGUUUAUCUGCCAUCACCUGCAGCUUCCCAAGCCAAGGGCAACAUUACAAUCCACUUAGAGUGUGGGCCCUGGCACUCUAAAUCUGUUAUGCUCUUUGCCUUUUGGCUUUAAUUGUUAUUCAGUUUUUUUUUGUUUGGGAGGGCACAGGGAAUGCAAGAACCCUUCCUUUCUCCUCCUUGUCCGAGGCUGUUGUGCAGAGAGGCCUCUCCAGAGCUCCCUCUGGCAAACAGCAGAGCCAGGCUCGAGCCACGAGAGGACCGCGCCGAACUUUGCAACAAUGUCUGAGUAACUUGAGCAAAGCUGAUUUGUUUGCCAUCAUUUCAGUGGGUAAGGCUAAGUCUGUCUGUGUCCCAUUGUUAGGGCAAAUGCCGCGAUGGAUGGAAUGUUACUGACUGGUGCCGGCCGUUCGGCAGAGCCCGGCAGCGCGUUUGGCCGGGAGCGCUAUUCCUGGAGCUGCCUUAGCAGAUGCCAACGGCGGAUUCCAAGGCCGUGCAGCUGCAGCUGGGCCUCGCAGGGAGCUGUGGCAGCCUCACCACAGGGAGGACCCGAGCGCUUCCCCUGAGCGCAUCCCUGGUCUGUCGCCUCUGGGCGGGGGAAGCGGGGCGGGAUGAGUCAGUGACACGGGCUGGGAGGGGGACCUUCAGUUACAGGCUGUGCCAGAACAUGCAAGAUGUGGCUGAGAAUUUUGUGCUUUUCCUCAUCUUUUUAAAUGGCUAGGGCAUUGCAUAUUCAUGGGUGUUUCUUGGAGGGAUGCCCUUCAGGCAGGCAAACUCAAGGAAGGCCUCCAACUGGCCUUGUCUUUGUGAUUUUUGGCAACUCAGCAUCUCAGGUGCCAAGUUUUUGGGUGUAAGUCUUUGUAGUUCUGACAUGGUUCUGUGGUAGCUUAAUCUGCCGUGUGUCUCAGGACGGGUGACUGCUGCAGUGCCCUUUCAGGCUGCUCCGGUUUGCCAGAGCAAACUGAUGCCCUGAAACACGGGCAGGGCUCCCGAGGAGCUGAAAGAGGAAAUUCUCCUGCCCUUUCCCCUUGCCUUGUUAAUGCUUCUCUUGACUUCUUUGGUGGCAUGUUCACGACGUGUCUUGUGCAAAUAGAUAUGAAAGUUCUCCCUCAGGCACUUCUAAGCCGUCUCCUGAAUUCCUUUCUCCAUCACUAACGACGUUUUCCAUCAAGAUUACAGCAGGAAAAAAAUGUUCUCUAUGGGCUAGGUGCUCCCCUGUGCGUGAAAAGUGUGUGCAGGAGCCAAGAAACACCCGGAGUUUCUUCCUGAUUGUUCCCAGGAAGAAUGGAGAGUGACGCAGGGGGAGGGCACAACCUUACACCAACACACACACUCCAAGACCUGCACAGAAGUGUCCGUGACCUCAGCACCACAGUGAGGAAUUUGGGGUCCUCUGACCCAGUUGGGUGCCCCGCUGCCUUCUUCCCUGACCUCUUCCUUCUGGCCCAGCAGAGUUCCUUUCAUCCUUCCUGGCCUGCCUGAAAGAGGUGCCUCCCAGCCAGGAGCAGGUGUCCUCAUGUAAUUCAGGUGCCACAUCCAAACUGCAGCCUUGAAAGGACUUCAAAAGGGUUUUUAAGAUGAUUCCAAGUAAGAGUUUGUUUGAUUCCUUUUUAAACCAUUAAGAAUUUGUGAAAUGUACUGGUGGAAGGCUCCACUGAAGGCUUUUUAAGACAAUCAUAAAGUAGGGCCCUGUGAUUUUUCCCAGUCAGCUCUGGCCUAACUCCAAGCCCUGCUGCAGGCUGUAAUAAAGCAUUUGUUGCCUUCAGAGGGUGCAGACUCAGGCUGCUUGCACUGCCUUCAGUCCUUGGGUAUUUAGGUGUUUAUGGCUUUUGAGUGCUGUGGGAUUCUUAAAAGUUCCUAUUUGUUUGUGGUGGUUUCUUGAGUGAGAAGCACCAUGAUGAUCAAGAACGAGGUGAGAGACAAGCCCAGGUGACAAAAGUAAGACAACAGUAACAGCAUGUACUUUAAAUGCUACUUGAAGGUUAAAAGCCCUGGGUGGAGGAGGAAACUCAGGGGCACUUGGCCCCAGUGUGUGUGUGUACAUAGGCACAUUUUGGGUGAAGCCUGUUGAAGUCCUGGGCUGCCCCAGGUUACUGGGAACUGUGCCUUGUCCAUAAUUUCAGUGAAUUGAAGUGAGACUGCUUCUGUCAAUACAAGUAGUUCUGUGUAUGUGCAUUGAAAGAAAAGAAAACACUACACAGAUGGGAGACGAGUUCUCUUUGUCUUCCAAGCAUUGGAAUACAUUUGUUUAGGAUUGUGCAUUGCUUCGUUAUUUGCACAUCCUUCCUUCAGCACUUAAGCUGUGUGCUGAAUUCCUAUUACGCCAAAGGAUAUUUUCUGUGAGCAGGGUCCAGGUGACAUGGAAAAACACAGUCAAAUAUUGACAGAAAUGCCCUGUAUGUGUCUGAUAAAAAAAUCUCAGACUUUAAUGUGCAUACCAUACCUUGUGCUGAUGAAGAGCUGGGGCUCUGCCCUAGAUAUCAGGUUCUUUUGUAAUGUUGAACAGCAAGUUUGUCUUUAUUUCUCAUAAAAAUAAUCUUUGUUGACCCAGAGCUUGGGUUCAUGCAGAUCAGUACAUGUGCAGAAAGCCCGGCAGCAAAUGUUCCAUUAUCCCUCAAAGAACUCAGGGAAACCUAAACCCCACCACUGUGGGGGAGAGUUGGACCCCCUGUGCCCUGUGGGGGGUUUGGAGUGGGGGCUCUGCCCUGGCACAGGGGCAGGUCUGUAUGUAAAAGGUGCAGAUCAGGGCCUGCUUAGUCUUCUUAUUCUGCACCACAGCUUUUGUCCUUUCCACACAGAAAUUCCCCUGGGGUCUAGGGCCCUGUGCAGAAUGCAAAAAUGAUCAUUGAUAGAAGUUUCAAUUAAUAUAAGUAAGACAAGUUACAGUUCCAUAUGAUUUAAUGCAAGUCACUGCCAGAGAAGUCCAAGCAGGGGUUUCCACAUGUCACCAGGAGUGAGAUGGUGCAAAAGCAGCUUGAUCUGCUUCAGGUGCCCUGUUAGUUCAGAGGCAGGAGCUUGAUUGUGGCUCCUGUCUCUUGUAAAGCAACAAGCUAGCUGGGUGUCAGGCAGGAGCAAACACUGAUUUAGCCUGUGCUAAGGGUGAGCAAAGGGAAUAGCAUGGAUUGCUGGGCUGAGCCUGCUGUGCGCAGGGUCUGACGUGUCCUGGGGGAAGGAGGCCCAGGGCACAGCAGUCAUGGCAUGGGAAUAUUAUAACCUGAUGGUUUUCCACUCUUAAAUCUCUCUCUGUGGUCACAUUUAAAUAUCCCUUCUCCUGUCGUACAGAUCAGGACUGCAGCAUCAGGAACAGGAGCCUGGGAGCCAGCAGCACUGCUCUGGCUCAGCAUCCACAGAGGAAGUGAUCCCUGAAAAGGGCAGGAGAAGGAGUGGAGCGCAGAGACAGAGGUAGGAGUCCCUGCCUCAGUCCCUGCCUCUGCACAUGUUCCAUAAAUUGCAGACCCUGUGCUUGCCUCCUUGCUGCCAUCACACAAAUGUGCAAAUAGCUACAAGGAUGCCUUGGGGGUGAAAGUGUUACAGCCUUCAGAGAUGCUCAGGUAUGGUAAACCAGCACUUAGUCCAUACAUAAAACUUUGCAUCUGUAGGUGGAAAAGCAGCAUUGCUCCCACCGUGACUUCUGGGGGUAGCAGACCAUGUUUCAGUAGCCAGCUGGAAUUGUACAGCUGAAAUUAUCCAAAGCCUUCCUUGGCCUGUCGCGCUGCAGUAAAAGCAGAGCCUUCUCUGCUUUUGCUUUUGCUUUUGUUCCUUGUCUCCUUCAGCCCUGCCGUCCAUAAACAACUGGGGGGAGUUUCGGGUGUUACUAAUUUUAAUAAAGUGGUUUUAGGAAU